AGAUAUAUAACAUUCACUGCCAAGACAGUGGGUUUACAUGUUCCAAUCUGCUCAUUAUCCAUUUCGCAGCUGUAUGUCUUGUUCUGGUUUAAUGAAGCAUAUCAUAAGAAAUUUUGUUCGACGCCCGGCUGCAGAAAAUGUCCCUUUUUAUGUCUCGGCGGCAGGACGAUGAGUACCCUUUGACCGACAAUCCGAACCACUCGUACAUUCUGAGCACGUCUUCGUUGAACACACCUGUCAAUGGAUCAACAACACAGAGUGGCUACAACUCCGGAGACGAGACGGCGGCAGAAUCCGAAUCGAACCGACCCCUACCGAGCGCCGUUGAUAUCGAGGCGAGGAUCAAUCAUGCCAAGACCGACGAGCCGCCCUAUCACGUCUUUACGAAGCGCCAAAAGUGGAAUUUCGUCUACCUUGUCUCCUUGGCAGGCUCGUUUUCCCCGCUAUCGUCCAAUAUCUACUUCCCCGCGAUAAACACAAUAUCAUUGGAAUUGGGAGUCAGCGAGUCUCUCAUUGCAUUGACCAUCACGGUAUACAUGGUUGUCCAGGGCAUAGCCCCGUCAAUAUUUGGUGCCGUGUCAGAUACCAGUGGCCGCCGCCUCACAUUCGCUAUCGUUCUCACCAUAUAUACUGCAGCAAAUCUGGCUCUGAGUUUCACUGCAAACUAUCCAAUGCUGCUUGCCUUGCGGGGCCUCCAAGCGGCAGGCUCUGCCGCAACCAUCAGCAUCAGCACGGGUGUCAUCGCCGACAUGGCUUCUCCAGGUGAACGGGGGAGCUUUAUUGGAACAAACGCCGGCAUAAGAAUGAUGGGCCAAGCGAUUGGACCUGUUAUUGGCGGUCUUCUCAACAGUGCUUGGGGUUUCAGAAGCAUCUUUUGGAUGCUGUUUGCCUUCAGUCUCUUAGUUCUCAUUCUUUUGCUGGUCUUCUUGCCGGAGACGCAGCGAAAGAUAGCUGGCAAUGGCAGUAUUCCCCUUACAGGUUUUCACAAGGCGUGGAUUUACUACCUCCGCCCGCCGAAAGAAUGGGCCAACUCCGACAAGCCCGAAAAGUCCAAAAUGCCGCCGUUUUCCUUGCAAAAAAUUAUCGUCCCGCUGAAAUAUGUCGUUGAAAAGGAUAUCUUUGUCCUCCUGUCCUGGGGUGCACUCGUCUACGCACUUUGGAGCAUGGUGACCUCGUCGACCACGACGGUGCUGUUGCGGACCUUUCCGGACCUGAAGCAGUGGGAAAUCGGCCUCUGCUUCCUCCCCAAUGGAUUCGGGUGUGUUUUCGGGUCUCUUAUCACCGGGCGGCUGUUGGAUAAAAGCUUCAAGCAGGUCGAGGCUCGAUACAAGGAGGAGCACGGCUUGGAAUCCGUCAAUGUCAAGGGGAACACCGACUUUCCAAUUGAGCAUGCACGGCUUCCAUUGAUGCCCUACUUCAGUGUCGCCUUCAUUGUCGCGAUGGGGCUCUACGGUCCCAGCUACGAGUUCAAUGAUCUGCGCAGGAAUUUUGCCGGUAACCUGGUCGCGUCCCUGGGCCUGCAAUUCUUUAUCGCAUUCACAGCCACGGCUAUUUUUAACAUCAACUCUACCAUGCUGGUCGAUUGCUUCCCCGACGGCGCUGGCGGAGCUACGGCUACGAACAACCUGUUCCGCUGUCUCCUUGGUGCUGUUGGAGUCAGUGUUAUCCAGCCGUUGAUCGACGCGGUCAAGAUCAGAAAUGCGUUUCUGAUUCUGACGGCAGUGGUUACACUCUUUUCGCCGCUUGUGUGGGUGCAAUGGAAGUACGGUCGGAAAUGGCGACUGGAGAGGGAGCGGAAGGCCGCAUUAUCGGCGCAAUGAAAGAGCACAGAGAGUCAGUGGCGUAGAAAAUGUCUCAAGGGAAUUUCCGGUAGUACAGUGCCCCGGUCAACGAGGUGGCACGGGUUGAUAAAAUGAAUUUAGAUGGUAAAAGGUUAGAUCUGGGAGGGAAUAUAGAUUAUAGAAGGGAUUGAUGAUGGGAAAUAUCAUACGAUUACAGGUCGAGGUCGCUAAAACUAGAUGUAGUGUUCGUAAUGGUGAGUACAGUGGUUCGUGAUGCUUGCGUGGAAUGUCUCAAUCCAUUUGGUUUGGAGACCAUAAUUAAAAGUUACCUAUGC